CUCCCCCGGCUGAUCCGCUGCAGUGAGUCGUCCGGGCGUGGUAGAUCCCGCCGGAGAUCCACCGCCCGCCGGACAACUUGCCCCGAGGAGCCUUUGGCAGCCAAGGUCCCCUGCAUUAAAUCCUAUUUCUUAGCCCUUCCUGAAAAUGUUCCUUGUCAAAAACUUCCUCGGAGGCGGUGGUGGCGGAGGUGGCGGAAAUAUCAAUAUUGGAAAUGUCAUCGGAGGAUUUUUAGGUGGGGGAGGGGGUGGGGGCGGCCAAGGAGGAGGAGCCAUGAAAAUUCUGGGCGGAGUCAUCAGUGCCAUCAGUGACGCAGCAGCCCAGUAUAACCCAGAGCCUCCGCCCCCUCGUAGCCAUUUUUCCAACAUCGAAGCCAACGAGAGCGAGGAAGUCCGGCAGUUCCGAAGACUCUUCACCCAACUGGCCGGGGAAGACAUGGAAGUCAGCGCCACGGAGCUGAUGAACAUCAUGAACAAAGUAGUGACGAGACAUCCGGAUUUGAAGACUGAUGGGUUUGGGAUUGACACCUGUCGUUCCAUGGUGGCCGUGAUGGACAGCGACACCACGGGCAAGUUGGGCUUUGAGGAAUUCAAGUAUCUCUGGAACAACGUCAAGAAAUGGCAGUGCAUCUACAAGCAAUACGAUGCGGACCGAUCCGGCACCAUUGGCAGCAGUGAACUACCAGGAGCCUUUGAGGCCGCAGGCUUUCAUCUCAACCAACAGCUCUACGCCAUGAUUGUGCGCAGGUACUCAGACGAGAAUGGGAACAUGGAUUUCGACAACUUCAUCAGCUGCCUGGUGCGCCUGGAUGCCAUGUUCCGGGCCUUCAAGUCGUUGGAUCGAGAUGGCAGCGGGCAAAUCCGUGUGACUCUGAAGGAGGUGAGAAAGGGCCUGGGUGUGCGUUGCGUGAGAGUUUUCAGCACGUGCCAAACUGUGCCAGGAGAAGUCAGAGUGCCAAAACAGCUGACAGGGGUGGAGACCGCUGGAAGUGGCUUGACCAGAUGCCAGGAGUAA